AUGGCCCCCAGUGCCAGGAGGCCCGCCGCCGGUCGCGGCGGCCGCGGCGGCGGCGGUCGGGGCCGCCAGUCUCGCGGCGACGGCAUGGCGCCCUUUGCUGAGCCGCCGCCCGACGGGGACGCCGCCGCCGAACCUGAGGUGAAGGCCGAAGUCGAGGACAAGCCGCGGCCGCGCAAGGUCCCCAGGCUCGGCAAGGCAGGCCAGGCGGCUCACAUGGUCGCCUCGACGCUGGGCGGGAGCCUCCAGGUUGGCGACGUCAGGGAGGCGGCGGAUGAGGGCGGCUCGGCCUCAUCGGGAUCGCCGCAGUCCUCGCGCGGCGCAGGCAAGCAGAUCCCGGGUGCGGCUGAGAGCAGCUCGCGCGGGGUCACACAGCACAUGAAAAACUCCUUGAUGAGCCGCGUCGCGGCAGCUAAGCAGAAGAUCGCGUGCCAUCCAGACAUGGGCAAUGUCGGCACAGCUAUGCCGCUACCACUGCCUUCGCGCGAGCAGAGGGGCCCCGCGGAGACGUCCACGGUCGCGCCCUUUGACGGUGAUACGUGCACCGCGUGCCUGACGACUACUCACGCCUACGGCCCAGUUGGCUUCAACAUCUUUCAGCUGGACUUGAACGGCAACCCCGCGAAAAGGGCGCACACGAACAUGAAUAAGUUGAAUUCCCUGGUCGACAUAGUCUUCCAGAACGGUUUCCGAGGCUCCUUUCCAGAUACAUUCACUGCCGCGGUCAGCGUCACGGACGCCACUCAGGACGUUUCGGAUAUGUUCGGCAACUUAGUCACGGCCUCUCCUCCUGAGAUGAUUUGGGCCGUCAUCCUAGGCACGGCCAAGCUACUCGACACUAGCCCCACUUCAGAGCAGGUGGCCAUGCUGAGGCGCGGGUUGAUCACCUUCCCAGUGAAGUUCACAGUGGUCGAGCCAGGAAUGGACUCCUACUGGGCGGCUCACAAGUCCCGCGAGAGCAUCACGGCUAUGGGCGACGCCGGGAAGCGCACGGCCACGCAGAGGUUCUUCGACAUCAUGGAGAGCAAGGACGUGAUCGAGACCUCGCUCGGGCAUGAAGUGGGCGCGCAGAGGACGGCGAAGAUGUGGGCCGAGAAGGUCGAGCUCGCACCGAACUCAGAAAAUAUUUCGGAGACGUACGUUGACGCCUGCUUUACCGUGGGGGCUAGGCUCAUGAGCAACGUCCAGACUCAGAAGAUCGUGGUGGAGGCCGACUCGAGCGGGACUACGCCGUUCGACAGCAUCUAUAAGUACGAGGCGGUGGUGAAGAGAGCUCAAUCAGGCAACCUGAUCCACUGGUGCACGGCUGGGCUGCUGGACCUGGUGACGGCCAAGAUGACCACGGCCGGCGAGAUCAGCCUUCGCCAGCUGACGGGUCGAGGACUCCCUGGAGGGAAGGGAUUGUUAGACCUGCUGAUUGCCAAGCAGGAGCUCGGGCACUGCAUCAUCAAGAAGGUGCACGACAUGGGCCUCAACGCAUCGACACUUCAGAGGUUGGAGACGUGGAUCAGCGGGCAUGACGCCUACCGCAGUAUGGUCGGGUACAAGGCCGGCGAGAAGGACGCGUCCUGGCGCACUGCGUUGAAGCAGUCCUCUAAGUUGGCCAUCGCUCUGUUCGAGGACUGCGUUUUCAAAGUUGACUUCGACUUGCAGAUCAAGCAGCAGAAAAUCCAGGGCUCGCCGGUGGGGGAGAUUCUCGACAGGUCCCCGUUGAAGGAGAAGGUCGACGCCAUCUACACUGCCCUCGUGGCAGAGGGCGACGCGGUGCCGACAGAUGCCACUGCCGAUGUCACAAUGCAGGACCUCCUCACCUCCGACGACGACGAUGAGCUAGACCCCGUCAAGGGCAAGCUCUCAGACCCCGACCUACAGGGGCUCGACAUGCAGGUCGCCAAAGACUCGAACAUCGUCGUCUUCUACGACGCCAAGCUUUCAGGAGACCCGAACGCGCGCGGGCACCUCCGCAUUGUUCAUUUCAGGGAUGCGCACUACGAUCGCAUGAUCAAAGGGUCGCUGGCUGGCCUGACUAAGGACGAUCAGCCGGAGGACGAGAUGCCCCCGAACGUGGUCUACUGCGUCUUCGACGGUGGCGUGCACGGUAACGAUCACAAGUUCGGCAAGCCCUUUCAGAACAAAGAUGGGAAGGCCCUCAAGAAGGACAAGCGCAUCCUGUUCCUGCAGACCACCGAGAAGUCCUUGAAGGAGCAUAGGGGCAACUACUCUGGUGUCUACGGGCUCCCCACGAUGGAGUUUGUUUUCCAGUUCAGCAAGGGGGAUCCCAUCCCUGAGAAAAAGAAGGUGUUCAGCGAGGGCUCCAACAAGGACCCAGUGAUCGGCAACUUCGACAAGCCGCCGAGGAACGAUCCGCUCACGUGGACGGUGAAGCACAGCGAUAAGCCAGGCUUGUACAACUCGGCGUGGAUAUUGGCUGGAGGGGCAGUUGCCGGCGACGACGCCAAGGCCGACCCUGGGCCGCGGGGCAAGGAUACCGUGCCUUUCAACUACCAUGGCAUGAAUGUCAAAGUGUACAAGGAGGUGACCAGUGGAGUGAACGGCGUGGUCAACAUCGACCUUACGUGUUGCAACGGGCUGCUCGCGAUCCACUCGCUGAUCGAUGAUGUGCCCUACUUCGGAGUGUGCUACUCGGAUGACCAGAAGGCCCUGGCUGACAUCAUCGCGAAGAAAAGUGGACCUGGCAGCACUGGACCCGCCGCCGCCGCAGAGACCCCAAGCCCGAAGCCCCCCGCUGAUCCCGAGACCGCCCCCAAGGGCGGUCGGCCGCGCAAGGGCGCCGGGGCCGCCAGCGGGGAGGCGGCGGGGGGCGACGCGACUCUUCAGAGCGCCCUUGCUGCGACGCUCGCGAGCCUGGACGGUUGA